AUGAACAGAAGUACAAGAAAUGAAAUAGUUUCGGGUGUUUUUGGUCUUUUAAACACUAAUACCACAGGAGACGAUAAAAAUAAGGAAAUCUUCUGUGAGGAGGAAGUAUCCUAUGAAAAACCCUCUUAUUCCUAUGCCACACUAAUAACACAAGCAAUAAUAGACAGUUCAGAGAAGAAAUUAACACUCCGAUCGAUAUAUGCAUGGAUUAUGAGCAAGUACCCUUAUUUUAGGAGGCAGCGGGGUGGCUGGCAGAAUUCGAUAAGGCAUAAUUUAUCACUGAAUAAAUGCUUCUAUAAGAUACCCAGAAGUAAUAAUGAUCCAGGGAAGGGUUCUUAUUGGACUGUUGAUUCUGAGUACUUGAAUGUGUUCAACCCGAAUAACCCGAAAACAAAGAAAGAGUGUCGUAAUGACAGGGAGAAGAAAUAUCAGGAUGUAGAAAAGUCUUCAUUUUCAGAUAUUUUAAACACGGAAAGGAACUUCUUUGAUUCAAUUGGUGUCUCAGAUAAGCAAAUAUUCAGUAAGUCAUAUGAUUCAUUAAUAUUUGAUGGUAAUUUACGUGAUUUAGAUGGGGACAGUUUUGAGAAACUUUUAUCACAAGGGGAUGGUUCAUUUAAUGGGAGUACUUCUGAGUACUUUAAAUUCUCACGGUAA